GGUUGCAGAAGUGUCUACUGAUAAACUAUCUGUCAAUUAGAGGAGAACUCUCACCGGUGAGCAGCUACACAGCACAAGGAGAGAAACGAUGGAGUGGCGCCAGCAGACCAGUGUCAGCUGUGCAGACGCCUUCAACGAGGCUCAACGCUGGAUUGAGGAAGUGACUGGAAAAUUGUUCGGUUGCAACGACUUCCGUGCUGCCUUGGAGAAUGGAGUCCUGCUGUGCGACUUGAUCAACCAGUUGAAACCUGGCAUCAUUAAGAGAGUUAACAGGCUUUCUACUCCCAUCGCUGGUCUGGAUAACGUGAACGUGUUCCUGAAAGCCUGUGGGAAAAUGGGCCUUAAUGUGUCUCAGCUGUUUCAUCCAGGAGACCUGCAGGACCUGUCCAGUCGUGCCACACUCAGGCGAGAUGAGAGCACCAGAAGACUCAGAAAUGUUCUCAUCACAAUCUACUGGUUGGGUCGCAAGGCUCACCUCGACACAUUCUACGAUGGUCCUCAGCUGAACUUCAAGGCCUUUGAAGGGCUGUUAGGGUUGGCCUUGUCCAAGGCUCUAGAUGAGGGCAGUAAUGUGCUUGGGAAAGAGAGCUGGUACACAGAGAGGGAGGAAUGUCGGCGCACGAGAGCGAGCUACAAGACGCAGUUCUCUGUGGACGGCAUCGACUCUCCGGACUCCCGAGCCCUUCGCCCAAACAGUGAAGGUUGUGGAAGUGACGCAGAAGCUGAGCAGGUGUUCAAGAUGGAGACCACACAGCCCUCAACCCAGCAAAACAAAAGUUAUAUCCCACAGCCGCUCCUUCGGAGAAAACAAGGACGGGAGGAGAACGUGGGGUGCUGCGCUGGUCCACUCUCCAGAGCAUAUCAAAUCCAGGUCAGACCUGAGAGACCAGUUCAGGUCAACCCUGGCUGGAUUUGGAGCAAAUCACUCAGUGACAUCCCGAUGGUGUACCCGGUGCGUAAAGUUCCUGAUGGGAACACCAUCUAUGAUUUGGACCAGGACAUGGACAUGGCAAGGGAGUGCAAUCAAGAAAACAAACGGAGGUGUAGCGUUGCUGCCAAGGACAGUGAGGCUAAGUGGCAUGAUGACUUGACAAAGUGGAAGAAUCAUCGCAGAAGCACCAACUCUGACCUCCGCAGGGAAUCAGUGGACAGAGAGCACGUCAUUAACCAGAUGGCCAAUGGGGCUGUGAUUAAAUUUGAGAAGAACGAAGCACAAGGCAGAAUGCUGAAGAGAGACCAGCAGUCACCACGCAGACAUUACCCUGCCCCUCGUCCUUACUCCAUCUCUCCUCCAUCAAAAUACUCAAGCUCUGAUCUCCGGCCACAUACUCGAGCUCUGCUGGCUCGCAGCUACGCCAUUGAGGCACCUUUCAGCCCUACAGCUCCACUAAGCCCCCACAAGCAGGGACCAUCGGUUGGAGCCAUGCCUGCCUCUGAUGGGAACAUCCUGGAAGAGGAGACCCAGGUUGCCUCCUUGGCUUCAGAUGGAGCAGGAGUUACCACCCCUUCUCCCGACUGCCCUUUCAGCUCCCAGACCCAAGUCAAAGCGCAGGGCAGCCCUGCUCCUCUCCAGCCCACAUCUGAACUGGCCCAGCCAGAAAAUGUUUUUACAAACCAAAUCUCCACUCUGACCACAACCACAAAGUUAACCAACACCAGGGCUGAAUCCAUGUCCAGUCAGAAGGAACUUCCAUUUUGCGUUGAUCCAAAAGUUCCCACUUUCAUCCCUGAUGCUGUUAAUCCGGCAGGAGUUGAUGCUCUGGAGGACUUGCCCCACCAGAACCACAAGUCCCAGGAAGAGAGUCAGAGGGCAUCUUGGGAACCAGCUGCGGAGCAAGGUGGAGGCCAGCAGGCUGCAGGCGUCUACAAGUACUUGUCCAGAGCUGGGUCGUGGUCCGGCUCAGCCAGCCUUCCUCGUGGUUACCGGAGGUCCGAGGGCUCAUCUCGUCUCUCUUCUGCAAUCACAGCCAGACCCUUUGGGAUGAAGCAGUCCAGGAUGUCCUCGCUGCCGAGACUGUGCAACGUAGACGACAACCAGGGUCUGCUGAUGAAAAAUGAGAAAGAGGAAUCUGUUUCUCCAACCACCAAAUCUUCUCUCAAAAGACAGACUGCGACCGCCUAUCUGACGGGUCAGCAGCCGGCUUCAAUCAGACUAGAGAAAGCUGACCAGGCGAGGCAGAAUGGUACCGAGCAGAGGGAGGAGGUGAAAUGUGCCACUCUCUCCAGCCAGACGUCCUUCCAGACCAAUGGCUACCACCAUCAGCCCUACACCCACACCCAGCUACUCCCGCAGCCUUAUUCAAACCCGCAGACACACCACAACAAAAGCUUGACCCUCCCAUCUAAUGCAAGCACUGACCUUCCAAAGGUGGAUCACAGUGACAUGAGAGUGAGCCUCACUCUUAAACCCAACAGCAGACCAGACUUUGGUUUCCAGACUCAUUGGGAUUCCACCGGGGCGAGAGUCAAAUCCAUUCAACCUGGCAGUCCAGCGGAGCUUUGCCAGCUGUGUGUGGACGAUGAGAUUGUGGCUGUUAAUGGAGUUGCGGCGGCACACAUGAACUACAUCCAGUGGAAGGAUAAAAUGACAUCCUCCCUGCAAAACGGCAGUCUGACCAUGGACAUCCGGCGCUAUGGCAACAAGGAUUGGAGCACCGGUGACGGAGGUCAUCACAACCAGCCAGGCCAGAGCAGGAUGACCCUCAAUCUGACCGCCACAGCGCCCGGUCUGAUAGGUUGCCCUGAUCACCAUGCCAACAGUGGUGCCUCUACAGAAACCGCAGUCAGGAAAGUGUCCAAAUCCAACGGGCAGACGGACAAUGUUUUACAAGGUAAAGUCAUGCAUGGAGAGCUCGCUGACAGCCACAGGACAGCCAGAAGUAAAGGAGGUUCAGAAUCUGCAAUAUCCGAUCUCCAGGUGCCAUCCCUCAGCCCCUCCUCAUCCAGCUGGUCGUGGGACCGUGAGGAGGAUCGGAGGCGCCAGGAGAAGUGGCAGGAAGAGCAGGAGCGCCUCCUACAGGAGCAAUACCAGCGGGAUCAGGAGAGGCUUGAAUCAGAGUGGCGGAGGGCUCAACAAGAUGCAAAGGGGGAGUUAUGCAGGAAGUCAGAGCAGAACACCUUUGUUGAGAGCCCUGCCAGCGCCCAGCUCCACGUGAAUGGAUUGAUGAGCAAAACCAGAGGAGGAGGAGAAGAAGAGCAGAGCCCUGACCGAGAUGAGCUGAAAGAAACAGGAUCAAAACCUCAAAGUAAUGAACGAGGAGAGCAGCGUGACAAGAUUUCUGAACAAGCCUGGGCUGAGGACUCCUGUGGCUUUGCUAAGCUGUCUUCUGCACACAGGGCAAAGUCCUUGUCAACCCCAGCAUUAGCUGGCCCCCUCAAACAGACCAGAGGUGAUGAGAGGAAAAGAAAAGGAAAGUCCAAUGCUGAGAAAGACAGGCAGCAGAUUUUGGAGGAGAUGAAGAAAAGGACUCAGCUUCUGACCGACAACAGCUGGAUACGUCAGCGCAGCAGCAGCUUUUACAAGGAGCCCAUCUAUGUCGGGGCUCCUAUGAAGAGGUACGAGUCUUUGGAAGACCUGGAUAGUUUGCGUCAGUCCUCACUCUCGACCGCUACAUUCAGUUACCCUCGUCCACACUCGGCUGCUGCAGGUUACUGCGCUCCGAGUAGGAACUCCUCCUCCCGCUACAGCACUGGAUCAAUGUUGUCCCAGCGACACACAUUUGAUUCCUCUCAACAUGGCAGGAUGGUCAGUGGCAGGAGGACUUGCUGUGUGUGUGAGCGUGUCCUGGGUAGUGGGGCAGCCAUGGUCAUAGAGGCCCUUAGUCUCUGCUUCCACCUCGCCUGUUUCCAGUGUGUGGGCUGCCACCGGCAUCUCGGAGGAACUGAGACUGGAGUCCAGGUUCGAAUCCGAAACAGGAAGCCCCACUGUGAGCCCUGUUAUUUCCAACUCAAGUCCGCUGGUGCCCCCUCCAUGUGACCAACAUGCUGUACUCCAGAUCACAGAGUAAGCAGCCGAAUCGCUGGGAACUCCUGUUGGACAAAACUACACAGCCAGGCCAUGACUUAAGUCUCCUAUAGUAAUUGAACUACGAUGUGAUAUUAGAUCUUAAACAAUCUGCAGAUCUAUAUGCAAGGUAGACUUUUUUUAAUGGCUGUUUUUAAGCAAAUGUGCUACUUAGUUUGUCCUUUUUCUGCUAAUUCUUUCCAAGAAAAUGUAGAAUUAAUAUAUGAAAUAAAGUAAUUGUGAGAAUUAUUAGUGUUUGCUUAAUGCUUUUCUUAAUGUUAGUGUUGCUAUUUGUCAUAUCCUUGUUCUAUAUUUGACCAUUAGUACAUUAAAGAUAUCAGAUAUUUCUUGUUAAUGUAACCCAUGUAUGGAGGCACAUUUUAACUUGUACUGAGGCACUUUCUGUUCUGUUGUAAUCUCACCAAGUGCACUUUGGGAUAAAUCAGUGGUAUAUAUAAUGCAUCUAUUUGUCACCUGAAUAUGGGAAUCUUAACUGAAAUCUUUUUGUAAAUAAAGUAAACUAAACAUCUA